AUGAAGCCCGCACGUUCGAAAACUCCAGCUCGUAAGCCAAUCAGUCGGCCAAAGGGAUCGAAUAUGAUGUCUAAAGAUCCCGUGCAGGUUUAUUGUCGUUUACGUCCAAUGCAAUCUUUAACGGAUGUAUCAUGUAUGACAGUUGAAUCUGACAAGAUUGUAGUGAUUAUGCCUCCAGGAUCAACAGUCAACUUUCGUACUAAUAAGGAGAUAAAAACGACAUUCAGUCAUGUAUUUAAGUCUGAUGUGACACAAAGAGAAAUAUUUGAAACUGUUGCCCUUCCUCUAGUUGAAAACCUUAUUAAUGGAAGAAAUGGUCUGUUAUUUACAUAUGGUGUAACAGGUAGUGGAAAAACAUAUACGAUGACUGGAGAACCACAAGAUGCUGGUAUCAUGCCUCGAUGUUUGGAUGUUAUUUUUAAUACUAUUGCCAAUUAUCAAACGAAAAAGUUUGUCUUUAAACCAGAUAAACUAAAUGGUUUUGAUAUACAAAGUCAGACUGAUGCUAUGCUGGAAAGACAGUUUCAGGCAGGUCUAUUGCAAAGAGCAAGAUUCGACAAACACCAUAAGGUAGAUAGCGAUGGAGAUAGUAAACCAGUGGUAGCUCACAAACGUAAUGAAUCUCAAAGUGUAUCAGUCGAGGCAGAUAAUGCAUAUGCUGUAUUUGUCACAUAUGUUGAAAUAUACAACAACAGCGUAUAUGAUUUGUUAGAUGAAGAUUAUGCUAGAACCAAGACAUUGCAGAGUAAAAUAGUAAGGGAAGAUGGCAACAAAAAUAUGUAUGUACACGCCGUUACAGAAAUUGAAGUAAAAAGUGCAGAAGAAGCUUUUGAGCUAUUUCAACGUGGACAAUGGAAAAGACAUGUUGAAUACACAGCAUUGAAUGCAGAAUCGAGUAGAUCACACAGCGUUUUCACUAUCAGACUUGUACAGGCACCUUUGGAUAGUGAAGGUGAACAGGUAAUGCAGGCUAAACAAGUCGUGUGCGUAAGUCAAUUAUCUUUAGUGGAUUUAGCAGGUAGCGAGCGAACGAAUCGCACUAAAAAUACCGGUCAACGUUUACGAGAAGCAGGAAACAUUAAUAACUCUCUAAUGACUCUACGAUCAUGUUUGGAAAUUUUGAGAGAGAAUCAGAAUCAGGGUACAAAUAAAAUAGUUCCUUAUCGGGAUUCUAAACUUACACAUUUAUUCAAAAACUAUUUUGAUGGGGAAGGACAAGUCAGAAUGAUAGUCUGUGUAAAUCCAAGAGCAGAUGAUUAUGACGAAACUAUUCAAGUAAUGAAAUUCGCGGAAAUGACUCAAGAAGUGCAUAUCACAAGGCCUACUACUGUAAAAUUGGAUCUUGGUUUCACUCCUGGCAGAAGACAAGCGAAUAAGAUAUUCAAGGAAGCAAGAAGCAAAUUAGAGAAAGAAGGCCGACCAGAAGCAGCUGAUUUGAACAUUGAUCUAGGUCUAGUAUACAGUUUGGGAGGAUCAUUUCCUCAAUUGGAAACCAUUACUUCGGACAAUGAUCAAAUGAUACAAUCUUUAAUACAAUAUUUGGAACAGCGUAUCAACAAGCGCAAUAUACUUCGCGCGGAUUUACAAAAAAAACAAGACGAUUUUAGACGGACAUUAAUGGGUAUAGAGCAAGAAAAUGUAAAUUUAAAAAUUGAAGCAGCUUCAUUAAAAGCUGCAAAUAUACAGCAAAAAAGAAAGAUAUCUGCAUUCGAAGGACAUGUCUGCAAAUCAGAAAAGCAAAUAGAUGAUCUUUUGCGUAAAUUAAACAGUGCUAAUGAAAGGAUUCAAAUUUUGGAACAAGAGCUGAAAGAUCGGGACUUGGCAUUAAAUCAACGUUUGAUAGAUAAGCAAAGAGUAAAGCAGAGAUAUAAUACAAAGAUGCAAGUCGAGACGGAUAAGUUAAACAGAGAAUUCGAAAUGAGACUGCGUCAACAGCGUGAACAUCUUCAGAAUCAAGUGAAGAAGAAAGAUGAACAGUUACGACGAGUACAUCAAAUUGUACUUGAUAAUGAUAUUAAUUCAGCAUCAAAAGACCAAGCUCCAGAAUCGACAACGAGAGUAGUCAGUCCAGUUAGAGAUACCAGAGUAUCACGAAAGGACGGAAUACCCGUUUCAAACCCGAGAUAUAGACGAUCGCAAAGUGCCGACACAUGGAUCGAUCAUAGACCUCAACCUCUUGUACCAGUUGGAACUAUAUUGCAACCAUUGAUGCAAAGAAGACGAAGUGUAACGCAACUUACUUCACCAAAAGAGAUUAUGGAUGGCGCAUCUAGAUAUUGUCUUGUCGCACAAGAGCAUGAUACGGAUGGAGAACUUGAAACAAAAUUAUAUAAGGGCGAUAUAUUGCCAACAAGUGGUGGCGGAGCACAAGUAGUAUUUAACGAUAUGGAAUGUUUGAAACAAUCAUCCCCGAAAGCGAGGAAACGUACUGGACCUCAAGAAGAGGGAAUGGACCAAGUAGAUAUUUCUACAUUGACAGAAACGAAAAGACCACGAGUAUAA